UGUUUUACAUAAUACAUCCAAAAAAACCAAAAAAGUAGCAGUACACCAUCAUGACAAUCUAGAGCACCUCAAGUCAGUCUAGAGUACCCCACCAAAAUAGCCAAUCAUAAAGAAGCCCAUCCAAUCUGCAGCGCCAUUUCUUCUUCAAUAAAUAUGCCUUAAAGAUGGUGCUCUCUUUGGCCCUACUCUAAAAAUCCUUAAGUAGAGAAUAAGUAUUUACUUUUCUGGCUCACUCUUAUCAUCGUAGCAGAGUCAUCCUCAACCAAAAUAAAGUAAACUUUUAGAGCAUGUUGAGCAUAGCUAAUAUCGGUCCAAGCAGCUCUAAGUUUUGCCCAUAAGUAGGUGCCUCUUCAACCCGCUCUUUCCAUCCUAGUCUUAAUAUGCCACCACAAAAUAAACGACGGAUCUGAGAAACCGACUCGGCAAGCCUUUGUGUUGAGCCAUUGAACAAAGGGCACGUCGAUUGGCAUAAAGAAUUGGGUAAUCUAAUAGAGCAAAAGUGCCAAAGUUUUUGCGAGAGUUCAGCGGAAUGCCGUUGCCACUUGCCAUUGUCAUCCCAUAUAGUCCAUUCGUACUCCAUUUAAAACAAAAAAAAUAGAAAUUACGUGUCGCAGAAAACAGUUUGGUUAAUUUUGGUCUACAGAACCUAAAUUUUUAGCAAAUUACUGAGCUCAGUCUGCACUGAUUUCCCUUCUCCACUCGGCAUCGAGCACAAUCCUGCUGCACGGAGACAAGAAAGCGUCACGUGUUCUCCUGAGGCAUCACCCACCUGCUCUCCAAAAACCCAACUGGCCCAAGUGGUGGGGCCGUGCUUAUUCCUACCCACUUAUUUUUUAUCCUUUUUUUUUUGGAAACAAAUUUAGAAAAAAAAAAGGAGCGCAUUUAGUUUGCUUCGGCAUCUUGUCGUCAGGGCAAAGCCAAGCAGCCGGGCACUCCCGUUAUUACCGUCAAUUACCAUGCCUCGUUUCGUAAGUGCCCCCCGGAAAAGCCGUGAUUGAGUAAAGCCGUCUUUAAAGCCCCGUGGCCGGGGCGCGAGAAGAACAAAGGAUUGAUUCCCUUUGGCAGAUCGAAAUCCUUUCGGCCCAAUCUCGUUCCCCCAGAGAGGCGCUCGACGGAGGAGUGAUGAAGAGGCGUUCGAUCGACGGAUCCGAGGGCGGAGAUUCCCGGGUCGUUGUUGAAGAGGCGAACAAGAAGCAGAAGGGCGAAAAGGACGCAGAGGCGGCGUCGGCGGCGGAGGAGGUGGUGGUGGCGGAGCUGGGGGAGGACCUCGUGUUCGAGGUGCUCAAGCGGGCGGAUGCGAGGACGCUGGCUGCGGCGGCCUGCGUGUGCCGGCGGUGGCGGAGGCUGGCGGAAGACGAGCGGCUCUGGGAGGCGGUGUGCGUCCGGCACUGGGCCAACAUCGGGUGCGGCAACCAGCAGCUCCGGUCGGUGGUGCUCGCCCUCGGGGGCUUCCGCCGCCUCCACUCCCUCUACCUGCUCCCCCUCCUCCACCCCUCCCUCCGCCGCCCGGCCCCCCUCCCGACGCUCCCCCUCCCCGCGACCAGCGCCACCAUGCCCCCGCGUCGGCCCCACCUGCCGGCGCGGUGGGGGAAGGACGAGGUCCAGCUCUCCCUCUCCCUCCUCUCCAUCGGCUAUUUCGAGAGGAUGAACCCCAACUACAAGCGAGGCGGAGGCGGGUCUUGAUGAAGCCGGCGGCCGCGCCGCCGGAUCUCGUCGCCUCCUCCAUAUUUUUUUUCCUUUUUUGCCCCCCCCUUUUUUCCUCCUCUCCUAAUUUCUAAUUUUCGACCUUAUUGUUAUUUUUAUUUGCUGCUGCUGCUGCUGCUGCUGUUGUUGUGGUUUGCUUCAGAGAUUUGCUCACUCUGUUUCUAAUUAUAUGUAAAAUUUAUGGACUGAUGAAUAGAAUUUCUUCUACGUUAUCUUCCUGACUUCAUUUGGGCUUUCGGGAGAGGGCGGAAAGGUGGACUCUUUUGAGGAGGGGAAGAUGAAUUAUUGAGGAGGGGAGCAGAAGAGGACAAAGGGAAAGUGGGAGUUGAUGCCGAGUUAAAGGCGGGCCUGCCCACUUUUUUUUUAAUUGGAUAGUUUAAUGGUUUGUUGAUUGGCUUCCAUCGCCACCUUUGGAUUUUUGCGGUUGUGAGGACAAGGAGCGGAAAGGAAGGACAAGGAGGUAGGGGCCUGUUGACUCCUUGUGUUUUUGGCCACUUUUGGGAGGGAGCUAGUGCCGUUGUGCAAUUAUCAGCUUGGACUGUUUGGAGAAACUCGCUUGGAUUUUCUCCCAGUAUCUAGUGUUGGAUUAUCUC